AUGUAUCAACAAAUAGCGGAUUUUAUAAGAAAUGAGCUGGCAAGACAAUCGACCUCCAAAAUUGACGACCUCGAUGGCCAGGUUCCUUUUGAAGUAUUGAGCGCAUUAAAAGCAGACUUGCAGAGGAGGAACAGUGAGCGAUUCCAGAUAACCAAGCAGGAUGCUUUAUGCAAACAAGUAUAUGACCUUGAGCGCGAAUGGAGAAAGAAACAGAUCAAGGAAGUGAUUGAACUUAUCGGUGAGAUACCAAGGUAUUCCAUCGGUACAGAAAUCAAGGAGAAAGAGCACGGUGUUUCAAUCGAUAAGCUAAUAGAAGAUGUCUUGAAGCUGCCGAACAUGGCUGUCGCUGAGGAGAGCCAAGAAGCUCCGGAAACCGAUUUUAGGCUAUUGAACGAGUAUACAAAUCUGCGAAACGAGUUGAUCAAGAAAUGCAAUGCGAUCAAGCUUGGAGAGUUGAAACUGCAAGAGAAGGAAUAUCAGGCUAAGUUGAUCAACUCCCUUCUUGACGCAAUAAACGAAUCCACCACACCCGACGUCUCGGAAUAUUUCGAGACAUACCACAAGAGGGUUUUUGCAGGCUUGCAAGAUUCAAGAUAUCUCCUGGAAGAUGCGAUUAAAUCCCACGGCUCAGAUCCAGAGAAACGAACAAAACUGCAAGAACUCAUGGAUUAG